CGCCGGCCCCUUGUCAGCUGCUUCCUGUUUUGGAGCACAGUGCAGACAGGGAAGUUUCUGAGGUGACAGCGGGGAGGACUCCGUGCGCUUCUGGAGCGGUGGUCCCGGGCUGUGCUGGAGUGAGGGGCCCGGACACUGGUUUCCUAUCCACCGGAGAACGGUUCACCAUGGAGGAGGAUGAGGCUCCGCUGAUUUACCCGUCGCUGUUUGAAGAAUGCGCAAACAAUCACUUUAGCGCUGUGGAUGCCAGGUCCCGGAGGCCUUUUCACAUAGAACCGACAUACAUCACCAGCGUCAAUGACGACCCCCCCAGGGUUACUUCUCAUGCUGCAGCUAUGAAUAAACGCAUCCACUACUACAGCAAGCUGGGUCCUCCGUCUGAAUCCUCACUGAUUGCUCCAGUUCAUGUGAUUCCUGCGCCAGAAGAAAUCUAUGUUUACAGUCCUUUCGGAACCGCUUUAAAAAUUCACGGUGGAGACGGCUCGGAGAAGAACUCCAGCAUAGUCACAAUAUUUAUGAUCUGGAACACAAUGAUGGGAACGUCAAUUCUCAGCAUUCCCUGGGGAAUUAAGCAGGCCGGAUUCACAACUGGAGUCGUGGUCAUUUUCCUGAUGGGUCUUUUAACCCUUUACUGCUGCUAUAGGGUGGUGAAGUCCCCAGGGACAAUACCUUCCCUCGACACCUCACACCUGGAGUUUCCUGACGUUUGCCAGUAUUAUUUCGGAUCCUUUGGGCGUUGGUCCAGUCUCCUUUUCUCUCUGGUGUCGCUGGUUGGGGCGAUGAUUGUAUACUGGGUGCUGAUGUCCAACUUCCUUUUUAAUACAGGAAAAUUUAUUUAUAAUUCUGUUAAUCACAUCAAUGUCACAGAAAUCGGGCUGAGCACAAAUGGAAGUGACAGAGUUAUUUGCCCGAGCAGUGGAGACCAUACUCCGCUCAAUGAAACCGUGGACGUGUUCUCUGGAAACGGAACUGGAUUCCAGCAGUUUGAAGAGUGGUGGAGUAAAGGGAAUACCGUUCCUCUGUAUCUCAUAGUCAUUCUCUUGCCGCUCCUUAACUUCCGUUCUCCAUCGUUUUUUGCUAAAUUUAAUGUCUUAGGCACAGUCUCUGUACUCUACUUGGGGUCUCUUGUGACGUAUAAGGCCAUUCGUCUUGGCUUUAAUUUUGACUUCCAUUGGGAUGAAGUACAAGAAUAUUUUGUUCCUGAAUUCAGGUUGUCCUUCCCUCAGCUGACGGGGAUCCUGACUCUUGCGUUCUUCAUACAUAACUGCGUCAUUACCCUCCUAAAGAACAACAGAAAUCCUGAGAAUAACAUAAGAGAUCUCUCAGUCGCUUACCUGCUUGUCGGCUUAACUUACAUGUAUGUUGGGGUGAUGGUAUUUGGCUCCUUCCCGUCUCCCCCUUUGACCAAGGAUUGCAUUGAGCAGAACUUUCUGGAUAAUUUUCCAAGUGACGAUAUCCUAUCAUUUAUUGCAAGAAUAUUCUUACUCUUUCAAAUGAUGACUGUCUACCCGCUGCUGGGAUAUCUGGUCCGAGUGCAGCUUUUGGGACAUGUUUUUGGGAACACUUAUCCGAGCUUCUACCAUGUCCUGGGACUUAACAUUGUUCUUGUCGGCUUCGGAGUCCUCAUGGCCAAACUCUACCCAAAUAUCGGGAGCAUUAUCAGGUUUUCGGGAGCUGCCUGCGGUCUUGCAUUCGUCUUUGUUUACCCCUGCCUGAUCCACAUGAUAGCCUUGUAUCGCAGCCAGCAGCUGAGGUGGUACUCUGUGGUCACACACGUCUGUAUAAUUGUCCUAGGGAUUGCUAACCUCAUUGCACAGUUUCUCAUGUGAAGAACGUUUGGACGUAAACAGCAUGAAGAACAUUGUUCACUGUUCCGGGGGACUCGAGCAGAUAAAAUCUGCAGCUUGAAUCUCUGUGAACUCCUAGCACAAGCAUAUACAAAACAAGGAGGUCAGCGUACUAUGUCACACAGCGGCAGGACCGGCUCAGCAACGUGCUGCAGUUAUCACGCUACUCAAUGAAAGUAGCAGUUUAUUUAAAAAGAAUUCUGACAGAGUGGGGACCUCUUUAUACAGAGUAUUCCCUGCUGUGACGUGGAAGCUCCCUCUCUAUCGCAGAUAGAGACAACGGUCGAGAUUAGUAGACCUGUGGAUAUCACCACAAAAUACUGAUUGCUCAAAGGGAAAGGACCAAAUUUUUAUUUUUUUUGUGAUUUUUAUUUCUUCCAAAGAAAAAUAAGCUGA